AUGCCUCAACCAGGCCUCCUAUCAGACGCCAUCGAAGGCGGAACACCGUGCCCUGAAGACCAAGAUGGACUCUACGCCUUGAUCCGCAGUCACAACGUACCAUGCACCUGCCCCGAUCAUCAGAAGGACGCAAAUUGUAUACAUCAGGGCUAUCACGUUCGAAUCUGCGUCCCCCAAGUAGGCGCAGUCGCACCUCUUACUCGCAAGGGACACGAAGCCAUGCACCUCGUCCACGCCGCGAUCCAAUACUUCACUCGCACAGAGAAAGACAUGGGUACCAGACAGAAGUCUGCCAUUGAAGAGUUUCGCAACUUGUCACGGAUGCGCCUGGGCUUCUGGUGCAACCUAAACGAUGCACAUAGAGCUCGAUCCAUCGAAGUCGAAGAUAUGGAGUCACUCCUCGAACUCUUCAAUCACAUCUUCUUCUUCGGAGCAUUAGAUGUACACUUUAAAUGGAUGAAGGACGGUGCCCAUGACUUGGGUUCCUACGGCCACGCCAAGCGAGUCAUCAAGCUCAAUCCUACAGCUGUACGCGGCGAGAUGCGGAUGUCGGUUUUUGACUUUCGAAUUGAAACUCUGCUGCAUGAAUGUGUGCACGCGCUGAUUUUCCAGUUUGCAUGUCCGUCGUGCGAGUCGUUCGAUGUCAAUGUUGACAAUGCUGCGGGCCAUGGCAGGGCUUACCAAGUACUGUACGGAGCAGUGAGCGAGGUCGCGCGAGUGUUACUCGGGGUCCUGGAGUAUGCGCCCAGCUUUUCAGAGACCUUCUUGACACACUGGAAUGAGGUUAGGCAUUUGCCUAGUGUACAUGACAUGGAGACUUGGCCUGACUAUCAGAAGCUUGCGUAUAUUAUUCGGGAUGUGAGGAACCGAAGGGUUCUCUUCUUUGAUGCUGAGAUGCCCCAACGCGAAAUUCAUGAGAAGAUCCGAGUUUUUGUUGAGGAGGAGAACAAGAAAGACGAUGCACGAAUGAGGGCGAUCGAGGAUACCACGCCACCGGAGGAGCAAGUCACCCCAUGGGACAAGAAACAUAUUGCCAUACUGGGAGGAUGUGUGAUGCUCUGCUCGGUUGAAUUGAUAAUGCUCGCCAUCAUGCUUGGCCUGGAUGAUCAGCAGACAAAGGACUAUACGGAACGACGAGAAGCAACGCACGAUGACAAUGAGGAUGUCAAUUUGGUGGUUGAUCGUGUAUAG